GGCUAACCUAGGCCUUGGCAGGACGCUAGAACCUGCGGGGAUGAAUCUAGACCUGCCUUUUCUGGGAUCUGUGCUCUGGAGCCAGGUCUGGAACCUGCAGCUCUGGAAUAGGGACCCAGAAGCUGCAAUUAACUUCCUUGUUUGCACUUUUGGUUCCGGAACUACAAGGAAAAUAAAACCCAGUGAAGUCAUGCUGGAGCCUAGAACUCUUCGCUCUACAGAUGGGAGCUUGAAUGCCAUGCCACGUCUGGAACCUGGACCUCUAGAAUUCAGCGGUGCCCCAGAGCCAUUGCAGAACCAUCAGAACGUGAACCUGGAACCUGCAUCAACUAUCUUGUUUGGACAUUUGGUUCUAGAGGUUCAAUUAGGAGAAUAUUAAGCCAGUAAACGAUCAUGCUGGAGCAUAGAACGUGCAGCUAUAGAGGCAGAUUAAGAAAUCUUGACUGCUAAUGCCAUGUCUGCAAUCUGGGCCUCUAGAAUGGGGGAGAUCAGCUGCACCUAGAAUCUGAUUGCACCAGAACUACCAUUUCAAAACCACAUGCGAGAUCUGGAACCUGAAGCUCUGGAACCAGGAUGUGGAACCAACAAUUGUCUGCCUUGUUUGAGCCAGUAGUUCUAGAGCCAUAAUAAGAGUUAGAAACCACCAAGGUGGAGUCUAGAACCUGCAGUUCUAGAAGUGGAUUAAGGAAUCUACAGAACCAGGUCUGCAAUAUGCAUCUCUAAAACAAAGACAGAGGACCUAUAUUAACUGCCUUCUUUUGCUCUAAAGCAACAGUGAGAGUUAUAAGACACUGAGCUACCAUUCCACAAUCUAGAUCCUGCAGCUCUAGAUGUGGGUGAAGGAAUCCCCAUUAGCCAGUGCCAGGUCUGGAACAGCAGUUCUGGAACCAGGAUCCAGAGCCAACAUUUACCUGCCUUGUUGAGACCUUUUGGUUCUAAAGCUACCAAUCUACUAUGAUGGAACCUACAAGCUACAGCCCUAGAACCAUGUUCAGGAUUCUCCAGUGCCAGGUCUGGGACCUGUAGCCAGGAUUGGUGAUCCACCCUAUCUAGAACCUUAUUGCUUGAGCAUUAUCCUUUAAAAGCCAUGUGGGCCAGGUUUGGAACCUCCCUGGCUAUACAACAAAGCUAGAGAAUGCCCAUCUUGUUUGGACCAUUGGUUCUAGAGCCACCAUGAGAGUAAUAAUCAUGCCAGAGUCUAGAACCGGCAGAUCUCGAAGUGGGUCGAGUGAUCUCCAGUGCCAGGUCUGGAACCUGGGCCCUAGAACAAGGAUCCAGAGCCCAGUCGCCUGCCUUGCUGGUCUCUUUUGGUUCUAGAGCCAGUUAGGCUACGCUGCUGGAGUCUAGAACUUGCAGCUCCAGAAGUUGAAUCAGGACACUUCCCCAUCAGACCUCACCGCAAUGCCUACACUGGAAUGUCACCCCGAGACUGAACGCUGACCUGGACCACGUCCAGCCAUGUGCUCGUGGGUUUUGAACAACUGGAUUGGAACUGGGGCUAGUUGGCAACUCUAGAACCAGUUCUCAGUAGGGUUCCCGGCCUGAAAACCAGAUUGUGUUGCGGUGGGUUUGCAGCAGAGACCUGGGAGCCAGGAAAGAACGGUGUCCGUCUGUCCAUCCCUGCUGGAGGAGCUGUCCCAUGGGUGUCCCCACGUACGUGUCCCUGCUGGAGGAGAGGAACCCUGGCGUGUCUCUGCCGGAGGGGAUGUGCCAUGCGUGUGUGUGUGUUCAGGAGCUGCGCUGCCCCCUGCUGGACGGAGUUUUCCUGGCCGAGCCUGGGGCGGCCCUGGGGCUCCUCUGCGCCCCCUCGGCCCAGCGCCUGGAGCUGCUGGCCUGGCUCUGCGCCCGAGCGAACCCCCCCCUCCGGGAGCGAUUCGCCACCCUCACGGACUCGCAGACGGAGGAGAAAACUCAAGAAAUGGCCAAACUGGGCUCCGACCUGCUGCUGUGUCGAUCCGAGGAGCUCGAUCUCAUUAAGGGAGAGGCCAGUGCCGAGCGGCAGCUCCGGUUCAUGGAGCAGCUGCUGGAUGUGAUCCGGUACCUGGACGCCAUCACUGGGACGGACUCUGGGGACUCGACCACCUCCAGCAGGGAGGAGUCGCUCCGGGGGGCGGCGAGGAGGAAUGAGGAGUUCCUGCGCGAGGUCUUCUCCAGCCCCAGCUUGCCGGCCUUGCUGGCCCCCAGCCUGCCCCCCUGCACCGCCGACAUCAAGCCCCUGCUGCUGGAGGAGCCAGCCCCCCACACGAGGAGCCGGCUGUCAGGGAGAUCCAGUGGGAAGACGCUGGCUGAGCUCUCCAGGACCCUGGAGGAGGCGAACGCCACACUGGAGCGGCUGAGCGCAGAGGGCUCCUCCCUGCGGGGGGGCGCGGAGCCCCUGGACCCUGGCCUGGCCUUGCAGACCCUGGCGCUGGCGGCCUGCGACUCGCACCAGCUGAUGGGGGCCUUCGGGCAGGUGUACGAGACGGAGCUGCGGGAACACUGCGGCCGCGGCCCCGCCCCACAGCUCAGCCCCUGUGGGCCCCUGGCCCAGCAGCUGCACCAGGCCCUCACCCUCUGCACCCAGGGGCUGCAGGCGCUGGCCCAGCUGAGCGACACCUCGGAGCAGGUGGUGCAGACGGCGGAGCGGAGACACGGCGACGAAGGCACCGGCCCCCCAGCGACGCUGCCCGCGAAGAUGGAGGAGCUGCGCCGGCGCUACCAGGCCCGCCUGGCCGCUGCCGGGGGGCUGCCGGGGUGACCCCAGGACUGGGCUGGGGGGCUGCAGGGCCCCCAUCCCACAAGGGAGCUGCUGUCCCGCUGUUCCUGGGAUAAUAAAAGAGUCAUUAAUUAUCAA